GAGGCAUCUUCUAAAGGGGGACUAUCAGGAGUGUACUCAGCGAGCGUCUCACAGCUCCGUCGCCAGAGGGGGCGACGAUGCCUUCUGACGGCAGCAGCGCCGGCAGCGGCAUUCGCCGCGUCCGGUCCCCGGAGGCCGGAUCCGGAAACCGCGUCGUCACGCGCAGGUUCAUCUCCAGUCCUGCACCGCUCGCCGACACCGACGUUAUAUCGAACACAAAGCGAGAGGAAUGGACCACGUCCAAGAAAGUCGUCAACCACAAGACCCGCCAGACCGAGACGAGGGUACAGCGGCAGCUCGUCCUGGAAGACGGCAAGGUGAUCGCCGACACGGGUCCCCAGAUCACCACCAGAACCACCGAAGACAACAAGGUCGAGGAGUCGGAGGACACCCAGCACAAGAAGACGGGUGACGAGGACGUCCCCGACGGCUACAUCCCGGUUCCGGGUUCCGAGCGGGUGGUGUGCGAGAAGACCGAGUCACACCAGGUCACCAAGGAGACCAAGGAGGAGAACAUGAAGAUGCACGACGAGAACUUCAAGGAACUCAGAGGACCGGAGGAGAUCCACCGAUUGGCCGUGAUGGUGCCGGAGGAGUCGCCAUUGGUGGGCAUACGGCCGGACCGGUUCCCGGGCAAGCUGACGCACUACAGCAGCCGCUCGCGCAAGGUGACAGACAAGGACGAGGUGAAGGAGAUUUCCGAGGAGCGCAAUGGAGAGGUCACCAAGCAGACCACCAGGACACAUCACCACGAGGAGAAGGACGACGACGAAGUCCCAGAAGACGAGGCAGAAGGAAGAGACCUUCCAGCUGUUGAACGAGAGACAAAACGAAACUUUGAGUACCUACACGAUGGAGCGGAAAUCAAGGUUCCCGACCGAAUGCGCAAACAGAAAGACCUCCUGUACCUCCAGGCGACGUCUCCUGAACGACACGACCCGGUCACGCGACGGGCGUUGAGCCUAGAGGAGGAGGAGGAAAUACGAAACAGUGAGACGAACCGCUGGCUGGACAACCACUUCGGAUCGGAGACUUCGGACGACGACGCCGUGAAGAGCAAGCACGGUGGUAACGUUAUCAACGUAAAGAUGACCGACACCAAGAGGACGCCAACGCCUCCAACCAAGCCGCCCAGGGAAUCGCCCAACCUCAUCUACACGACGCCAUACUUUAAGUCUCCUACCCCGUCACCGACUCCGCUCGACUCGACACUCAGAAGCACCAAGUCGCAACAGAAGACUACCUCCUAUCGCCGCGAAGAGAAAGUGGACGACUCGAGACAGUCUCGCUCAAGCCCGCGUUCGAAUUGGAAAUCCAGCCCGUCCAUAUACCAUGACGUGACGCGUCAUCUGGACGAGUCGCCGACACGGUACACAAAAGAAGAUCGCUCGUACAGGGACCUCGAGAGCAGCUACAGACCCGUCGAGAAAUCGACCAUUGUCGGGAACAGCGUCUUCACUAGGGAGGACAGAAGGCUCAACGAAAGCAAGCGAGUCACGAGCGAGUACGACAGAGACAUAAAGAAACAACCACCUCAAGAAAGGCCGAGGUCUCCCGAAUCGCGACCCGUACAGAGGUCGCAGUCUACAAGGACACCAGAGAAGCCAAUUGCUCAAACUCCCAACUACACGUACAGUCUUCCACGAGGUUCAACCAGUCGACGCGCAACGCGCGUGGACCAAGCUUCCAAGACGAGUCGUGGAGUACAGGCAGACCUUGACGACGAGCCUUACACUCCCCCCAGCUCGCGCUACGUCGUGCACACAGUACGAGAAACUCAGAGCUUGCCCCGCCAUCAUCACCACCACCACCACCACCGACACCGUCACCAGCACUCUUCCUCCUCUCACCACCGACACCGGAACCGCAGCCCCGACUCCAACAUAUCUACGGCGUCGAGGCCUUCCAAGACCUUCUAUUUCGGCGACAAGACGGACACCAGCUACCACGAUAGCCGCCACAAGGACGGCUACUUCACCAUCGAGAAGGACCGCUACGUGAAGCCUCCCCGGCGGUUCAGGUCGGACCCACGCGAGCGUUACUACUCCGUCGAGGACCUAACGACCCGGUCGUACGCCACGCCGGCGCCGACGUCUUCGCCCAAAAAGCCCAGCUUCAUCGACCGGCAGCGCUACUUCCCGGCGACUCCUCCGGCGAGCCCGCCGCCGAGGCUUAUAAAGAUCACCAACGGCCGCUCCACGUCGCCAUCCCCUCCCGAGUCGCCGAAGCCGACGUCGACGAGCCACCUCCUGCCUCCUCCGUCGCCAUACGCGUCGCUCAACCGUCGCUACCGGAGCCCGUCGCCCGUAGUGAACCCUCCGGCGUUCACGCCCCUCCAGAGUCCAGUCGAAGUCAAGCGGCAACAAUCUACGAGCUCUUACAACCGAUCCUACCACCACAAGUCGGCCACGGCGGACUCGACCGGCUCCAAGCCCGGUCCAAGUGUAAUUGAAGUCAGGAAUUGGGACAGCCGAUGAAGUCCUUGCCGUCCGCGCGAUGUUUUCCACGACGCCAGGGUGUUCACCUGAUGACGGAGUCAUCUGAGUCCCGCUUCACGUGGGCUUGGUGACGCUGAUUCGCCUUGUUUACCACACUCGUUGCAUCUAAAAUUCCUAUACAGGACUUCCUCGCACGAGCUCGCCUUGGAAAGCAUGAAAAUGAGUGGAACCACGAUCGUACGAGCUGUGUUCGUAAAGAUUUAGCUUGUUAGAAACUAGAGCAGUGUUGCUGUAACUGGUCACCGUGAUAGAGGCGGGUCGUUUGAACAUCUAACAAGAUAUGGUUCGUAGGCUUGCAUCCAUU